AUGGCUCAAAGCGGAAAGAUUGGCGGCUCGGCUAUGGAUGGGGAACCAAGGCAGGUGGCUGGUCUCAUAGAUCUAGAGACUGGAAAUUGGAAUGAACAUUUGAUAAAAGCAUUGUUUGACGACCAAAAAGUCCAAGACAUAUUAGCAACACCAAUCGGAAUGCCUAAUGAAGAGGAUAGACUGGUAUGGGAGAAGACCAAAACAAAGAUAUACACAGUUCAAAGCGGAUACUAUGCCAACAGAGACAAUCCACCAAACAAAAAAGCACAAGUAGGCACUCCAUCAUAUCAAGCAGCCAUCGCAACUUCUUCGCAUCAGCCAAAACCAGCAUUACGGAAGUUUAUAUGGCAAUCAAAUAGCCUACCCAAGGUUAAACAUUUUCUAUGGAAUGCAUGCCACAACGCAAUACCCACAAUGGAAAAUUUAUACAGGCGGAAAAUAGUACCUGAUCCGCUGUGCCCUAUUUGCAAAAAGGAAGCUGAAACAGUCGAACACACCCUGCUGUUAUGCUCCUGGAUGACAAGGAUUUGGAAAGCCGCCCCUGCACAUCAAAGUGUCAAGAAUAAGGUUAACCAGAUUCGACAACUGGCUCAAACGAUUUUCAAAGCCGAGGCUUUACACGAGAGCUACUCCAUUUGGAACAACACAAAGAAAGGAGAGCAACAUAGCGAAACCAUACCUCAACGAUGGAAGCCCCCAUCCCCUGAUUCGCUGAAAAUCAACAUUGAUGCCUCUUUUCUCCCAAGCAGCGACGCCGAAACAGAAACAAGAGGAUAUAGGGGAGGACGCGAGAACAGAGGAGCCAUAGCCUGCUUGUGCCGCGACUCCAGGGGACGGGUUGUUGAUGGAUUCGCGAAACUGGUGGCUGCGUCCACGGCAGAACAGGCGGAGGCCAUUGCCCUCCUCGAAACCCUAAUUUUCCUCUCUAACCGAACUCACCUUUCACUGGAAGUGGUAUCCGAUUGUCUCCCCCUCAUGCACAGUUGCAACACUUUGGAAGACUUCAGUUGGGAAGCGAAGUCUGCUGUGGGUCGGGCCAAAACAAAACUGAAGCUGUUUCGGGCCAUUUCCUUGGCCCAUUGCAACAGAGAAUCCAACCGGCCUGCGGAUUGGUUGGCGAAAGCGUGCAGGAACAAUACUCUUCCACAUAAUUGGCUUCAGAAUCCCCCACCUGCCCUGUUUGAUUUACUAUGUGCUGAUGCUUUUAAUGUAUUUUCUCCACAUAUGACUUAG